AUGUCGUACUCAGAGAAAACAAUAGAAAUUAGUUUGGAAAGCCUUUUUCAAAGUUCUUGGUUCUGGGGCAAACACUGGACAUUUUCUACCAACAACAGCAAUAAUAACGGCGAAAGUAGCCAUGGUAACAGUUAUAAUUGGCUAUUUAAUGUAUUAUUACUUUCGGUAAUGCCUCGCGCCUACUUACGAGGCACGCGACAAAAUCCCUUUCUUUUCGUGCGCGAUCUAUAUGAAUUACACGCUUUCGUUCAACUCCGUGUCAACCCAGACUAAAAGACUUGGAAGCCCUAAGACCAGUCAAGAGUAAACUGUGUUCUCUAGCUCUGCAAUAUCAUGCAGACUUGGUCUUUUGUUUACUUUUGUUUCUGCGGCAGCGGUGAAUCGUAAACAAAUUUAAGAACAGAGAAAAUUUACCAAAGAAACAAAACACUUUUCGGCAAGAAAGAAACUGUUCUCUAAGUUUGAAUUGUUGUGCCAUUUGAAGGAUUCAUCUUUCAGAAAAAAAAACUUUUUAUAGUACGGUUGAGAUUUAAUUCAAAACGAGAAUCUAGUUCGCAGGUGUAACUUAAACAAUAAGCAAUUCUGAGCUUGAACGUGUUGUUUUUAGUUUGUAUCGCUUCUUUUCGCGGCAUGUUUUAAUUGCAAGUUUUGUUUUUAACCCGACCAUUUACAAGCGCAGAAUGGACUGGUGAAUGGACUCAUUCUUUCACUGUUAUUGUAACUGCCAUCUUGUAUUGUGUUUCGGAGGUGUUACAAGGAGGUCUCGCAAAGAAAUAUACGAUGAACUAAACACAAAAAAAACAGGAUUAAGUAAACACACGGUAGCUUUUCGGUACGAAACAGAUGUACGCUCCGGCCCGCCAGAUAUACUGGUUGUACUCUUUUGUAUAAAGACACAAAAAAUGAGCAAGACUAAUAACUGUAUUGUCUUAUAGCAGCAAGCAAAAUAAAACACCGUAAUUUUCAAAACGGUCCAUGAUAUUGAACGAAUGCCAAGCUAUUUCGAAAUAUGUAUUAGAAUAAAUUACAUACUGUUGUUAACAGUACCCGAUAUUUUAGAUAUCUACACAAUGAACAUUACUUUUGUGCGUUGGUUAGCCGUGAAGCGAUGGCUACCGUUCUUCCGUUUUGGCUUGUAUAAAAUGAACACUAUAUUUUUACUUAAAGCAUUGGAGAUUUGUUGUGCUGAUUAAGUUAAACCUCUUAAACCUGCUAAACCAAAACAAAUCCCCGGGGUAGGAGCCAAAUUGCCUCUUAAAGGAAAUAAACAUGAAAUUCAUUUCGUUAACUGACUUGUCAGUUAAAAUAAUCACCUAAUAAAAUUAAUUAAGUUUUGAAAUAAAUUCAAGAAGGACAUUUGGCUGAAGCUUUAAGUAUUGAACAGGAUAAAACCGAGGUGGCGACUGAACGAGUUCAACUAGUUGCUAGAGAUCGCAUAUGUUUCCACCGUGUCUAUUCUGUAUAAGCUCAUUUUAUACUAUGUCAGUUGCUAUUAGCUAGCAGUGGUAGGAAUUUUUUUUCUCUGUCAAACGACACGCGCGGUUUUUGUUUCGCGAGCGUGUUUGUAAAGCGUGUGCUUCACGUAUUUCCAGCGAUUUAUUAGUAUUUGCAAGGGGUUUAUCACGUCUGAUUUUCAACAGCCAUUUUUUUAGUGCAGGAUAUCAGCACUAAGCCGUAAAUGACAAAAAUCAGUGACUAGUCAGCACUUUUCACAACCCUAUAAUGCAGACAAUAAACUCGACUGUGGGCCUGUGUUUCACGAUGGAUUUCUUCGAACUGAAUUUAGAGUGCAUAUAUCAAGGGUCUAUUUUUGUUCUAUGUUGUCAUUAAAGGUGAUUUAGAUGACUUAAAUUUCUAAUCCUUCCUCUGGCUUGCAAGUGUAGUAAUUUUGAAUAUAAAGAAAAAUGUAUCGUAGGGGUGAUUAUCCUUGUACAGUCAAACUCCGCUUUACGGACGCCCGCUUAAUACAUACACCUCAUUUGUACGGACAGUUUGCUUUGUCUCUGGGGAAGAGAGCUCUUAUAUUUUUCUCUAAAUUCAACCCACUUUAUACCCCUCUAUGGCCGCCUCAGUAACGAGGUUUGACUGCGCGAUUUGUGUUAGCGUAGUCGCUUCGUUUCGUAAGCACAUCGUUAGACGGUUUCUCAAAAGGUGCUCGCUCAGAGCAGAUCCCGUGCGGAAAAGGUGUACAAUACGAACGCCCGGCAAUUGGUCUCUAUUUCAUGCUUCACGGUUGCUUGUACCUUUCCUUCGUGCAGUGUUGAGUUAAGCGAGACAAGUAAAAAUUAGUGAAACUGAGCAAAUCGAAAAAGAGAUUUCGUUAAUGCGACAAAGAAAACCUUGUCCCGCAUUUCCUGCGUGACUAUCAGCCGGCUUGUGAUUGGCUGAUCCCAUAACGAAAUCACUGCGAAUUUAGCCACAGAAGACUCGACCCUUCUUAAAAUUAGAGGACUUAGAGGCGUAGCCGGUCUUUAAAUUUAUGGUUGCUUCAUUGCGGCUUCCAUUUAAAUCUCAAACAGAUAGCUGUACAUCCAUAGUACAAAGUAGCUUUGACUAACUUUUUGUGGCGGGACUCGGACCCGUCAAGGAAGAAUAACUGAAAAGUGCAUGAUUCCAAUCUUUUAGUCGCCUUACAAAACUCUUUAUCAUGCUCAAUGAUGCACUUUUUGCAAUGAUAACGUUGUUAAAAAUGAACGCAAGAGACUCAUUCGAAGAUUUUUUUGCUCUCAAGAAACUUACAACCUUGCCUACAGCUCUCUCUCUCUCUAUCUUUUUUGUCGCAACAAAAACAAAAACUAAAUUAGCUUUAGUCAUCGCAUUUGGAAUACCUGUAAUGGAAUAUAGUCGGUAAGUCUAAAUCUUUCAACAUUUUUUAAACACAGUUCGAUUAUUAGCUAAUUGUCUGCGUUGUAUGAACCUUCUUCGCGUUUAAAUUAUUUCCGUGUUAAACGAUCUUGCAUUUAAGACACAAAAGUACUAAUAAGCAAGUUAGUUAACAACUUUGAUUUGUGUGGAGCAUUUAAAUAUCAUGGUACUUCUUCACAAACUGAUAAACUGCAUAAUCAAAUGUAACAAUAACAUUCAAUAACUUAGAUAUUUUUAAAACUACAGUAAAACUAUACAGAACGUAAAAGAUCUAUUUUGGUGGAAGGUGGUUAGUGCUUUCAACACCCAUUCAGCAAAAAAUUCAACGCCUGUGAAAGAGUUGAACUAAAUGUUUGAAAGUCCCAGGGUAAAAUCUUUGGAAGGCGAUGCGGUAGAGAUUAAGGCUAGCUCUAAUUUUUGUUUCUGAUUAAGUUCUAUGACAAUGCGGCAGGAUAAUAAGCCAAGCUUGGACAAAGAAGCUUUAUCUAGAUAGGCGCCUUAUAUAUGCUAAAAACAAUUGAAUCAUCGCAAGCGUAAUUCAAAGGGGGAGACGUACAGUCUAGGACUUGGAAAAUACAAAACCAGCAGAUGAUAAACUUGUUCACUCUGGUUCGGUUGCUAAACGCUUCUUUGCUUUGCCCUUGUUAAACAGUCACAAUUAAAUGAUACUUUUUAUUGCAGUUAGACUCUAAUCGUUUCCGCUAAUUUGUGGUUUGGUAUCGGUGAUGUUACAUCACGGCUACUGUCCAAAAGUUACCAAUUAAAACAUUAUAGGCUUAGCACUUGAAAUAGUACACUAACACGAUUAUUUGACGCGUGUUUUUUUUUUUAUUUAAAGCAAAAUAAAAUACGUUAUCUUAUCGUUUUGUUUAAUUUGGUGAAUAGCUUCAAUGGAUAGUUUAAUACGGUUUUACUUAAACGGAUUUGAACUCUUUUAGCGGGUCUACAUUUUGACAAACUUUAACAAAUUAUGUCAGUCAUUUAUAUUCAGUUGUUAAUGACAGCUUGUUUUAAUGGUUUUUAAUGCCGAUGUAAACUUUCCCAGUCUCUUUUUUAUCUUUCGUAAUUAUUGGUUUAUUUCACAGUUUUACUGCAGAUGACACAACUUGGUUGACGUUAUGUCAGAGCGCCGAUUUUCCUACAAUUUAUAAUAAUUCACCAAGCUCUUGAUAUGUUAGACAGCUUUUCCCGCCAAAGGAUGGUUAAAGCGGGAAACUGCUGGCGAAUGAGACUAAUCGCAAUCAAUGCAAGGUUAUUCGAGCGGAUUGCCUUUAUCUCGAGAUCAUCUUGUGUUUGUUUAUGUUUACAACAACUAUAUUAGCAUACAUGUGGGUGAUUGUUAUGUUCUGGUAAACUCUGACGUCAUAACCACAUGUCCUGUUGAGGAUCACUUAAUUUUAGUUAUGAAAACUAGCGUUUGGUUCCGGUGCCAAACUGUUCUUUUUUACUUACUUUGUACAAUUUCCAUGUAGCGUGCUUUUUGCUUUGCUUUAAAUAGCGCAUUAAACAAGUCAGAAAACAGGUUUUUCUAUGGGACAUUUAGUGGUUUUAGGCUUUGCGUCUGAGAUCUCAGGUAAAAUGUUCAUUUUUGGCUAUUAAACUACGGUGGCCCACUAGUAGCGCCACUGCUUCACAUUUUAAAAACUCAUCUGCGUCGUGCGUUGGUUCUUCUUUUUCAUACAAGUAAUGAGCCGAUUGUUUUUAAAUUGACCUUGUCUGUGGCAAUAAGCCUUCUCCGUAGAAACACGCCUUCUCUAGUCAGCGAUUAUUUUUUUGUGAGAAGUGAGUGCUUCCGUAUCUUGUUCACGGUAUAUUCUACCGAUUCUAGUCAACAAAGUAGUUGGAAACUAAUGCAUUCUAACGUGUGCGUGAUGAAAGCACACCGGCUUUUUAGCGUAACGGACCAGUUUUGACAUAUUUCCAAUUUUCACCUUGAUACAGCUCGUAAAAAUCGCGGGGCGCCUUUUUUAUGCUCUUCAAGUUAACACCCGCUGAGCCAAAAUACUUAAACUUAGCUGGUAACUAAGCAUGCACGUGUAAGACAGCGACGAAAUAUUUAACUGAGCACCCCGUUUAGGAUAGUAACAGGAACCAAACACAGCUGAUUUAAAUCAGCACAGUACAUUUGGUACCUGCUGGCACGUGCUUUAUUUAUAAAGUUGUUUACGAGGCUAAACGGCGUUUUUUUACGCUCUGCUUGGCGUUGUGACCUUUAGCAACUACUUCUACAAGGCUCGCAUGCAUUGCUUAAGACAAUGAUUUCUGCCCUUAAAAAUAUUACUCAGUCUUAAUUGUUUCUUUUUUGUUGAGACUUUGCACUCCAGAAUUGUAGGGACGCUUUCCGUGUUUAAAUAGGAAAGUGAAAUAUGCCGAUUAACGUUUUUAUUCUACACAAAACCUUAAAUUUGAUCAUUUGACUUUGUUUGUAAAGCAAGCAGAGGAAUCAAUCGGCAAAAUGCAAAGCGCACGUGUAAACCUAUUGUUUUUGCUCGUUAACCCAGUUGUUUUGUAACGUUCUUAUCGUAUCGACGUAGCCGUCAGAGUCGCUUUUAAGCCGGUUUACUAGCCUGAGUAUCAGGCGUUUCUGGGGAAAAGGGGAAAGAUGGAAGCGAAAAAUGGAGAGAGGUGAAGGAGAGAAACUUCCUUUCUCUUCUCCCCCUCCCCCCUCCCCCAUGGGAAGGCCUGAUACUCAGGCUACCGGUUUACGCGCACCUUUUUUCGGCAUAAUGUCUGUCCGACACUCAGGUCCCGUCCACACGUAUCCGAAUGUUUUGGAAUCCGUAACUUUUUCUCUCCGGAUUCGAACUUCCGUCCACACGUAUCUGGUGAAACCGGCAUACGAAUCCGCAACUUUUUAAAUCCGCUCUUCAGAGUGUAAAUUUUUGAAUAAGAUUAUGAUUCCAGAAAAAUGGUCCUCUAAAUGUAGAUUUUUUUAAUCUGGUGAGGUAACGAGAUCGAGCCCAGUUCUUGAGAUAAAGGGGGGAGGGGGACCCGGUCUCGAAAAAAAAUUUUUCGGCCCUUCGGGCCUCAGUUUGGUCUAGAAAUAGGCGGCGGGGGUGGGGGGUGGGGGGGGGGGGGGUCACCCGGACCCGGGCCCCUCACCUGGAUCCGCCACUAUUUCUAAUUCCCCGCGGAACAAAUACUUAGGGUUAGGUGAAUCAUUCCCUUGGCCUGUCUUUAAAAUAACCUCUUUGGUAGUAUAGUAUUUUCACACGGCACAGAUCACUUGUUUUUACAAAUUAAAGUUUUGAAAUUUGUUGAAUGUUGACUUUGGUCACCUUUUAGCGGUAAAAGGGUUGACUCAUAUAGAGCUCGUGGCUAGCUACACACAAGGAGCUGUAAGGGAACCGUUCAGUGUUUUUCCCUAAAAGACAGUCCACGCGAGUGAGCGUACUGGUGCCGUCCCAUUAUCUCGUCCCCAGGCCGUACCGCAGCCUCUGAGUCUUGUAAUCUUUUUCGAUCACCGGUUAUUUUCAGUUUAGCUUCAUAAAAAGUUCAGAGAACAUGAACGAAAUUUUAUUACAUUAUAUGGAAACUAGAACCUUACCCAUUGGCGUGCUCUGAAUAAUUAUUAUUCGGACAUGAGACUAUCGCGAUAUGAUAAAAACGACCGCGCAAGGAAUUCUGUAGGUUGGAGUAGAAAAUUUUUGUGCCUAAUUUUAUGGGUCUCUCCUUUACUUUUUUUUUUUAAGCCCGGCUGGUGCAAACUUUUUUCCCUUGGUCUAUUUUUGCAUGUUCAUUAGCACACAUAUGAAAUAUUUCUUCACCGUAAAAGUGUCAUGAACCUCUUUUCUUUAGCUUUCUCUGCUGAUAAGGACUUUCCUGUGAAUGCCCCCGCCCUUAAUUAUAUUUAUUUCAUAAUAUAUUGUUAUUAUCAUAUGAUUAUAAACACUUAUCCAGAAUUGUGUGUUAAGAAAUUUACAUAUUAGCGGUAUCCGCAAAGUUAUCAGUGGCCAAUCAGGAAGUUAAUCUCUUUGCCAUUCAAAUGAGACCGUCCGGCCUCGCAACUCCUCCUGCGUAUUCAAGUAAAAAUUUCCUUGCGAAUCUUUUUUCAAUUUUUUUGCCGGGUCGCUACUUGAGAUUUUUCUCAGAUUAGUGGCUUACACACUUUAAGCGAAAUGCAAAAGCUUCGGAUACAGUCAUUUGAUGGUAAGAAACCGUCUGUAAGUGAUAAUUACGGUUAAUUUAUGCUGAAGUAAAUAUGUCAGUGAAAAAAAAAAAAACAAACAGCAACAGGCAAGUUUGUACUAAGCGCGAUUAAUUAGCUUUUCAGUAGCUUCAGACAGGGAAUGUCCCCACGCUAUUAAUGGAUAUUAGUUAUUUGAGUUAGAAGGCUUGAAAAAGAAAAUCAAACUUCAGUACAAUUGCUUCUGGAAAAACCACCUUCAGCCAUACUGAUGUAGCUCUUUCGAUUGUUUUGGAGUGACGAAGCAUGAAACGAGAUCAGCUGAAUCUUGGAUACGGGAAAACUAUACGGGAGCAUGAAAAAAAUUAAGGAGGUAGUGUGGGUCUCUGUUGAGGUUGACGAGAAACAGGCAUUCGUUAGGCUAUUUCAAUGUUGUUACGUUGUGAUGUUACUGACGAGAACGCCUUCGCAAGUUAAGAAUCGUACCAUUUGGCCUAUUCAAUCUUGGCCGUAUCUGCAGAGCGACCAAAUAAUGUUUUGAUGCGACGUGAUAGUAAUUCCUUUUUUUUAACGUAGCUGACAUGACAAAGGAGUCCCUAAGAAUUCAGCUACAAAACUUUCACCUAAAAACAUGUAAUACUGAGAUCAAAAACUUUCAUAUGAUCACUUAAUCAUUAUUUCAAAACUUCAGUGGCAUCCGUGGCAGCUGGCGAGCUUGGGUUUGUACCUUAGUAAACAUGUCUGAUAUGGUAAACUAAUACUGCAGUAGGUUUGUAUGUUGGUCACCUGAUAUUGCCUUUGCUCUCUGGACUAAAGAGAAGGGGCAGGGGCACCCAACGAGGAUAUAGUUCAAAACCACUUAACAUAGCAUUGUUGAACGUAUUUGAGUAUUCAAACGGUAGAUAUAGGCAUAUUUUUAUCCCCUAAAAACUUUUCAUCUGUUCGGAUUUCCUAGCUGAAAGUCUAGUGAUCCGAAAAUUAUAGGGAUAAAAACUUACCUUCUCGAAAACUUCAGCCAGGAAAAGGCUCCCGAAAAUUCUAGGUGGCCUUUUUUAGGGUCAAAAUCCGUUAAAAAUGGGUAAUUAUACCAUUUUGUAUAUGUUCGAAAAUCCUAGGAGAGGCAGGCAAGCAAGAAAUUUUAUAACAAACGCUCCGAAAAUUCUAGAUCUUAAAUCGUCUUCCGAACAGAUAUUUUCCCGAAAAUUGCCGUUGGGUGCCCCUGAAGGGGGGUGGAAGAGUGCUUCCUAUGAUGGCCAUUGCUGGACCUUGUUCGGCCCUUAUUACUAAAAUUUAUGGACGCGACCACUAGUACACUUCAUUCUCAGUGCUUAAUCUUGAAGUUUAAAAGCAUAUUGCGAAAAUAAGCAUCAUUCUCACAUUGUGAACACUCCCAUUUCUUCAAAGCAGUGCUAUGCUGUAGUCACGCGUUCAAUGUUAACAGCAUUAUUGCUUUAAUUUUUCACCCAUUACAGAAUCCGAAGAAGAGUCAACCAGUUAUCUUCAAAGGGAAGACUUUGUUUCCGAAAGUUCAAGUGUCUCUUACUUCGGUCUCUCCCAUGACAUCGACAAAGUUUUUUCAGGUGUGACUCGUCAUUCUAGAAGCACAAAAGAAUGUGUCGUGAAGUCUGCGUCCAACGUCCACAGCAGGUUAUCACCUGAAGUAAUUUGCUUGCCCUCAAGUUCAGUGUCAACUGUCAACAGCAGUUAUCGAGAAUCCUGUCAGUGUAGGAUCGUGGAUGCUCAACCAACAGCCAAACUUCAAGAUGUUCCUGCCACGGUGAACUGCACUUCAUGUGGCAUCCAGGUCAUCACAUGCAUUGAAUAUCGCGCGAGCAACGUGAACUGGGCGCUAGCAGGGCUGUUGUGUGCUUUUGGAUGCCAUUUGGGGUGCUGCUUACUACCUUUCUUCGUGAAGUCCGUCAUGGAUGUGGUCCAUAUAUGUCCACUAUGUAAAACGCAGUUAGGAAAGUAUUGUAAAGGAUAAAAAAAAAAAUAAAAAAGAGGUGCUUAAAGGGAACCUCCACUCUUACUACAGAAUAAGUUUAAAUCGAAUAAAAUUAUGUUGAUAAACAAAUUUGUUCGAAAUUUGUCCUUAAAAAAGUGUUUAUAUCAGGAAAAGUGAAUUUUAGAAUCGCUUAUUUUCACUUUCAAAUUUCGCGGGCGCCGCCAUCUUGAAUAAUUGUGACGUGUUAUGGUUGCCCUAUUGUUCUGACACAAAGAGCUUUUGUUUAAUAACAAUAGGGCAACCGUAACACUUCACAAUUAUUCAAGAUGGCGACGCCCGCAAAAUUUGAAAACAAAAAUAGGCGAAUCUAAAAGUUAUUUCUUUCAGAUACAAACGCUUUCUUUAAAAAUAUUUUAGAUUGACUUGACUGUAACAGUUAUUUCCUGUGAUUUAAAGUUAUCUUUUUGUUGAAGUGGAGGUUCCCUUUAAAAGUGACUAGCCACAAAAAGCAUUUAUAAGUUUAAGUGUACACCGGUCACAGUGGCGACAGCUUUCACAACAAGAACUAUCUCACUUAAAUCGAUGUACUGCACUUGUGGAAGUUCAACACAUAAUAUCACAGAAAAAUAAGUUAAUCAUGAAUUUUUAGACAUUAUCUUGCUCAGUGACUGCAGCGGAUUCCGAGGCAUAAUACACUGAAAAAGAAAAGAAUUUAAUUUGUUGGUUGAUUAUUAACAAACUCCAAGCCUAAUUUCCAUUCAGGGCCAGGGCACCUCUAUUCAAGGGACACUUGCCUUGGUCCCAAGGGUGGCCCCUAAACAACCUCGUUCCCAGGGUCUCUUAUCUUCCCGCCCAAGCGAGAGAGGAGAGUCUCUCCUCUCUCGCUUGGGCGGGAAGAUGAGAGACCCUGGGAACGAGGUUGGCCCCUAAAUAGAUGUUCCACUAGAAAAGAUUUAAUAUCACUAGCGACUCGUUCCCUGGUCCCCAUCCCUGCGUGACUUCCCUAAUUCAUUUAGGAUUAUUAUGACUAUUAUUUUUAUAUCAGUUUUUUUUUCUUUCUCGGAGAAAUUAGCUUUUACAGCUACGCUAUUAAUCCGCGGUCCAGUAAAUAUAAAGUUAAUCAUGCUUGUACCCAGACCCACUGGGCUCUACAAGUGAAGGUGCCCUGUCCUGCGGUCGUUGUGAACUGCGGUCGUCUUGCAGUAAUUUUGCGCAUGCGUAUUCUUAAGCAAUAAUCAAAAUGGCCGACUUGGUGAGUAUCUUUUUGAGUCAGUUCAACAAGCCGACAUUGCCUUUUCUUUUUCCGUCACUCAUCCUAAUGUGUUUUAAAGAUAUCUUUAAAGGCAAAGAGCGGUUUUUGACUAAUCUUAUAGCUAAGCAUGUUUACAAAGCCUUGGUCCAUCAUGCUUUCGCUCACAGUUGUGAUUUUGCAGUGUCAUGUGCGGCAGACUGUUCUGUGAAACCGUGAACAAAAAGAUGGAAAUAGCGAUCUUUAAGAUACAACCUCCUUUCAGAAAUCGUAAUAGCAUUUUUUUAAAAUUUUCCAUUGGAACUAUGCGGUUUUGAUCCCUCCCUAUGACUCGAUUCUUUAUAGUGCGUCUGUAGCUGUCGACGAAAAACUGGGUUAGUGGAAGAAGGAAAGAAAAAAACCAACUGACAGUCAUGUUUCAUAUGUCAAUCAAUGUUAAGGCCUACUUAUUCUUGGUCAAUGUAAACCAGUAACAUGUACAUCAUUACUUAUUCCAGUCUGCACUGCCAAGUAAAGUCCAGCCUGCAACUGAAGUGAGGUCAUCAGUGGGUAAUUAUGGUGUACCUGACCACAUGAGAACAGGGUAAGGUUUGAGAAUGCGCGACAUGCAAUUCUGGUAACAGUAAGAAAAAAAAUAAAACUAACUAACAAACAAAAAAUGUCUGAUUUUCCAUUUCAUAUGCCCCUGACAUAGGUUAAAUUUUAAAAACCAUCAUUGCCUUUUUCCAUCCAGUGUUUGUUUGAAAUUAUAACAGGAGGACAUAUUUAAAUUUUAUCAACAUUUCAACUUCAACUUUCUUUAACUUCCAAGAAUGUUAAAAAUAAAAAGGCAAGUAGAAGAAAAUCUCAAAUUUCUUGUUAGUGUUUUUUUUAAAAUUGUACUUGGAAAAAUAGUGCUAGAAGAUUUAAUUUGUGUAACAGCGGUAUAGAACUCCAACCAGAGUGUCAAAAACUUGGUUGGGAUAUAUUCACACUGAGAUUUGAUAUAGAUGUGCAGGGUGUUUUUGAAAUACUUGUCAGUGUUGCUGUUGUUUCUUUGACACUUUUCUUUAUUCAAUUACUUUUUUAGGUUCUCAAAUGUCAGAAGUGGGUUAACCUCAAGUCACCCUCUGGAAGCCACUGAGAAAAAUGUAAGCCACCAAUGUUUGAUUUAAACUUUCUCAAGGGUAUUACUUAACUGGUAUACCUACCUGGCGACCUGGAAGAUAUAAUUAUUUUACAAUAUUCAGUGCCUACACUCUUCUCAACAUUCGACUUUCCUCUCAAAGAUGUUUUGAUCAUGCACAGGAUUCACUGUUUAUUAUUAUUAUUAUUAUUGAAUUUGUUUAGAUGAAUUAGUUUUCUGUUUUGAUUUCAAAGUUUUUGCAAAACCAAGAGAUGCUUGACUUUAAGAUGCUCAGGAACACUCAAGGACUUCAAGCUCCAUUGAAACUACAGAUGGAACGCAGUGUUGCGUCCAAGGUAAAUGAAAAUUACUUCUUCAAGACAGCUUUUUUUAUUGUAUUUCACUGAAAAUAAUUGGUCUGUCUUCUCAAGUUUGCAUUCCAUGAUUCCUCAUGUCUCAUUUUCAAUUGCAAGGCCACAUUAAUUGGAAAGAGAUGAAACUGAUCUUUUUAUUUAUUUUGUUGAAAAGUCAUUUCUUCUGAACCAAGCAAUUGAUUUUUGUCAAAACUUUUUCAAAUGGUAGGAAGGUUAGCAUACUGAGAAAUAUAAUGAUUUUUUCUUAAUUCUGUCAACACCUUGUAAACUUACAGAUUCAACGGUUACCAUGUCUGCCAAGUUCAAUGGUUGCUUUAGAUACUCUAAUGGGUAUAGAUGAGAGUUUAGGCUUUGAAGACUUCUUGAACGGUAAUUUUAGAUAUUACAGUAAGAUUGUUUUUAAGACCUUCCCCAACAAACUGCAAUAUUUUUUUACCCUCAAAAUGGUUUUUCAUAUACUGUAAUCACUUUUUAUAGAAUUUGUAGACAGUGCUACUCAGCAGCUAUCUGAUUCAUAUUUAAACAGUCACACUUGAGAAAAAUUUAAUGAUUCCUUUAGCCUGGUUUUCACUAGCGCAUAAGCAUAAGCAUAGGACGUACACACACGCAGAAUGGCGUAUUUGACUCAAUUCUUGAUACCAGCUCUCCUCAACCCGAUGAUAAACAAGUUGGCAGACACUAUAUUGCUCUUGAUAUGUUCGCAUGAGGUCUGGGUCAAAGUGACCCAUGAUUGGUCCACGGCCUUGUGCUUGUGCUUAUGUCGACCCAGUUUUCACUCGUCAAAGCUACAACAUAAGCAUACGCACAAGCAGCAGAAGAAAAACUUGUCUGUUUUUCUUGUGCUUAUGCUUAUGCCUAUGUCCACCCAGUUUUCACUUGCUUACACAUGUGCUUGUGCUUAUGCUUAUGUGCUAGUGAAAACCAGACUUUUAAAGGCCUAGCAAGCAUUAUGACAGGAAAGUACUGCUCAGUGCCUUUCUCUUGAUUGGUCACAUCACAGAAACUAUUAGACAAGAUGUUUGAAACCCAUUUUUAUGACAAUAUUAAACAACGCACCACUGUACAUUGCAUAGACUAACAAUGUAUUUGAUCAAAAAACCUCAGUUUAUUAACAUUAAUUAACACCUGGCUGAAAAGCUAUUUUACAAACAGGUGGUCCAUUUCAUAGAAUAUCAAUGAAAUUAUCUGAAAGGGGAAGGCACAGCCUUGCUAAGGCAUAUAAAUUAGUACAAGUUUUCUAACCCUAACCCUGACCGAUUUAUGGCUGUCAGUGAACAAGGUCAUAAUAUUAUUAUCUGUUUAUGAAAGUCAAUUUGUAAAUAGUAAUGUUUUCCUGUGUUUCAGUUCAUGGCGAUUCUGAGGUUAUGUCUGAUCCACAUCUUACAAUGGAAUACAAACUUGGGCUUCAUUGA